UCGCUCCACAACGGACUCCCCCAGCUCCUUCUGUAGUUUAAGUGAGGGCGGAAGAUGGCGGCGGCUGCGGCGGCUGGAACGGGCCCGGGGGUCCCCGACGGGGAGCCCGAGGGGUCAAACCGCGACCGCAGCGCUUUCGAGUGCAACAUCUGCCUGGAACCUGCCCGGGAGGCGGUCAUCGGGCUCUGCGGGCAUCUCUAUUGCUGGCCCUGCCUCCAUCAGUGGCUAGAAACACGACCGGAGCGUCAGGAGUGUCCUGUAUGCAAAGCAGGCAUCAGCCGAGACAAAGUCAUCCCCCUCUAUGGCCGUGGCAGCUCUGCCCAUGAGGAUCCCAGGUUGAAGACACCUCCCAGACCACGAGGCCAGCGUCCGGAACCUGAGUCUCGAGGGGGCAUGGCUGGUUUCCCUGAAGCGGCAACUGGUUUUCACAUGGCAUUUGGCAUCGGUGCAUUCCCUUUUGGGUUCUUUGCCACAGGUUACAGUGCUCCUGGAGAAAGAGCAGAUGCAGAUGUCGCCAGGCCAUCAAGCUGGCAGGAUUCGCUCUUUCUCUUCCUUGCCAUCUUCUUCUUCUUUUGGUUGCUCAGUGUCUGACCAGCUGGACCCCCCACUGGAUUGGCCCUAAAUACUAAAGACUAUCAGAACUGGAUAGAAGAUUUUUCGAUAUUAUCGGGGGAAGGGUUGGGGCAAUUGUGGGUUGGAGGGUGGAAUUGCUUACAGGGGCUGCACAGGCCUAGGCAGGAGAUGGGGAGGUGUUUAGAACUGUGUGGCGGGAUGUAACUUGGGCAUGGCAAGUCUCCCUCAAUCCUUUUCCUUAAUCUCUCUGCAACACGGAAUUAAACCAUAAUAGGGCUACUUCUUAGAUUAUCAUGCAAAUAGGGUGGGUUGACAUGUUCCCACGUUGUAAUCGUGUGUGUGUGUGUGUUUGUGUCUGGAAGGGAGAGGGAGGGCAUCAAAAUAGGGCUGAAUUAUGUCUGCCUCCCUCCUGAGCUGAGUAUUUCAGAAGCCUAAAGAGACCUAUCAGUAAUCUCCUGCCAUUGAGAAGAGGGUAGCUGUUGGCAUCCGAGCCAAUGUCGGAGAGCCAUCAACUGGCUCACCAAAGAGUGUACUGAUGCUUGUCUUCUUGUGGCUCUGAGAAGAGGAUGCCAGAGGGGAAAUGUGUGGCCAUAGUUUUCGAUCACUUCCAGGUUGUUAAAAGGCUAGGUGGGUAGGAAGGGAUUGUGCCUCUUCCCUAAUUUUCCUCUGCCUGUUUGAGACCACAUCUUCACCUUCAUAAUUUAUUUAACACUGUUAGGCCUGGACCAAAACGUGCAGGUGGGCCGCAGCACUUCCUCUACGUUUGUCAUUGUACAAAACCUGGUCAGUGAAGUCAGUGGAAUCUAUAGGUCAGAAGGGAGCCUCUUUUCCUCUCCCUUUGAAAGGAGGCAGGAUUGGGAAGGAAUGCUUCUUGCCCAUCCCACCCGUCACAGCAGAUCUCAUGGUUGAGAUACAAAAUGAAGCAAAGCUGCGUAGAAGAUUUCCAAAAGUCAGGAGGGGUGCAGUGGUGGGGAGUAGGAGUGUUGGUGGAGCACAGCCAGUUACCUCAACCUCUGCACUGGGUUUGGCUCCGUGACCAUCACCAUUGCCAUCAGCUGGGAGGAGGGAAUUUGGGGUACCUUAAUUAUGAGGUCCCAAGGGGCUAUUUGUGGCUAGUUUUUAUAUGUAGUCCCUCAAAAAAGGAUUGUCAACCAGAUAUGUAACAGCCCUACUGUGUUAGUUGCAUCGGGGAGGGUGUGUGUGCUGGCACGGGGGAAUUGAUGCGCCAGUGCUGAUCGAAGUCUGGCUUUCCAGAUGUUGUUCAACUGCAACUCCCAUCUGCUUUGGCCAUCAUAGCCAAUGGUGAGAAUGGUGGGGGCUGGAGUCUGUCUUCUCGAUGGCCACCUUGGGUGAAUCCUUUCAUUACUGUGAUGAUUGGAGAAAGGAACAUAAAGUUAUUGAUCAAGAUAGGGACAGUCCUUGGCUGUAUUUCUGUUUUCCCUUACCACCAUUCCCAAUUCCACAAAGGGGUUGGUGGUAGUCAGACCUGGAAGAGGGGAUGUUAUUGUAGGAUUGCGGGAGGAUCCUGCUCUUGAAGAACAGUAUUUUGUGGCCAAGAAAUCUCUGUGGAAGUGGUUUUCUCCCCCAUUUGGGGUGACAAAGGAGAGAAGUGGUGUAAAUUAACCAAUGCUGUAAUUAAAUUAACCCAUGAUUUGUAUCCAUUUAUAAGCAUUGUAGCAUCUUUUUAGAGUGUAGCUGUUAUAAAUGCUGUGGGCAUGCAAAUGUGAUUGAAUGCAGGGCUGCGGAGUUGGCACGCUGCACUUUUGACUCUAACGACUUUUUUCUACUGUCCAAUUUCAACUGUGAAUGCUUCAUAAAUGGCCAAUGUAUAUUAUUAACUAGUAAUAUAAAGUGGACUGUU